UUCCGGGUUCUUUCUCUUCGCUCAACUACACUGUGGCAGUAAAGAUGGCUGAAGCUGAGCCUGAUAGAAGAGACCUACCGUCCGAUUUAUGUUCGGAAUUCGUACAUUUCUCCGCCAAAGACACCGCGUCGCGGUGGUUGGCAGCAGCGGAUCUUCAGGUGGAACUCUAUCGUCACUUGGCAGAGUAUGUACCCAAAAUCCUUUGCUUGGGGCCCAGUGGAUGCAGCAGCAGGGAGGAGCAGAGAGAUGAGCAGAGGGAAGAGUUGGCCUGUCAGCUGCUCCUCCUGGCUCCCCUGGAGUGGCUGCUGCUGGGUGAGGAUCCAGCUACAGGCCUUGCUCAGCUGCAGGAGAACAAUCAGCCGUCACCACUGUGCGGACACGUGUUCAAGGUGGGAGAGCCCACCUACUCCUGCAGGGAUUGUGCAGCUGACCCCACCUGUGUUUUGUGCAUGCAGUGUUUCUUGGGAAGUGUUCAUAAAGAUCAUCGAUACAGAAUGACCACGUCCGGAGGUGGGGGUUUCUGUGACUGCGGAGACACUGAAGCCUGGAAGAAGGGUCCUUACUGCCAAAAACAUACACCAACCACCAACAAAGACUCAGAAGAGGACCCUGUAGCCCAGCUACCGGUUGACUUGGUUGCUCGCAGCUGUAGCAUUUUUUCAAUCAUCUUGAAGUAUGCUGUGGAUAUGCUGACGUGGACUCAAGAGGAUCAACUACCUGAAGGCCUGGAGCCACCUGAAAGAGGAGACAAUUACUACUGCAUGCUAUUCAAUGACGAAGUCCACACCUAUGAACAGGUGAUCUACACCCUGCAGAAGGCUGUCAACUGCAGCCAGAAAGAAGCCGUCAGUUUUGCCACCACUGUGGACAGAGAUGGCAGAAAGUCAGUUCGAUAUGGAGAUUUUCUUUUUUGUGAACAAGCAAAGACUGUUAUAGUAAGGAACACCAGCCGCCAGUCAAAGCCUCUCAGAGUUCAGGUGAUGCACUCAUCUGUUGUCGCUCACCAGUGUUUCGCACUGAAAGCUCUCAGCUGGUUGGGACAAAUCAUCCAGUACUCAGAUGGGUUGAGAAGGAUCCUCUGUCAGGUGGGACUUGAGGAAGGUCCAGAAGGAGAAAAUUCAUCACUUGUUGACCGUUUGAUGCUCAACGACUCCAAGAUGUGGAAAGGAGCAAGGAACAUCUACCACCAGCUGCUAAUGAACAGCCUCCUAAUGGACCUUAAAUACAAAAAGAUCUUUGCUAUCCAGUUUGCCAAGAACUACAGACGCCUCCAGACUGAUUUUAUGGAGGAUGACCAUGAGAGAGUGGUGUCAGUGACCUCAUUGUCUGUGCAGCUUUUCACUGUUCCAACCAUGGCGCGAAUGCUAAUGGUGAAAGAGAACCUGAUAACUACCAUCAUCAGGACAUUUGUAGAUCACCUCCGUCACAGAGAUCUGCAGGGACGCUUUCAGUUUGACCGCUACACUGCCCAGCAGGCCUUCAAAUUUGGACGAGUCCAGAGCCUCAUUGGAGACCUCAAGUAUGUCUUAAUCAGUCGACCCUCCGAAUGGAGUGAUGAGCUCAGAGAGAAGUUUCUGGAUGGUCUGGAUGCUUUUCUGGAGCUCCUUAAGUGUAUGCAGGGCAUGGACCCUGUAGUUCGACAAGUGGGGCAGCACAUAGAGAUGGAACCUGAGUGGGAGGCAGCAUUCACCCUGCAGAUGAAACUGACUCACAUCAUUUCAAUGAUCCAGGAGUGGUGCUCCACUGAUGAGCGUGUGCUGAUUGAGGCCUACAGGAAGUGUUUGGGUGCCGUCAGCCAGUGUCACAGUGGCCUUCCAGAUGGUGAACAGCCAAUCAGCUUGAAUCUGGCUGGGCACUGUGUGGAGACUUUCCGGUACCAAGUGUCUCAGGACAAAGUGUCCAUCCACCUCCCUGUCUGCAGACUGCUUGCAGGUCUUCAUGUUCUCCUUAGCAGGACAGAAGUUGCCUCUCGCCUCCCUGAACAGCUUCCAUUGGGGGAACUCAGCCCACCCCUCCUGAUUGAACUCCCCUUGCGAUGCUUGGUGCUCUGUGCCCAGGUGCUUGCUGGGAUGUGGAGAAGGAAUGGUUUCUCCUUAAUAAACCAAAUUUAUUAUUACCACAAUGUCAAGUGCAGAGUGGAGAUGUUCGACAAAGACAUCAUCAUGCUGCAGGCUGGAGCUUCCAUGAUGGAUCCAAACCACUUCCUGAUGAUUGUGCUCAGUCGUUUUGAACUUUUCCACAUUUUCAGCUCUGCAGACUGCAGAAAAAGAUACAGAGAGACCAAUAAGGAUCUGGUCCAGCAGAACAAUACCCUGAUUGAGGAGAUGCUACACUUAAUCAUCAUCUUGAUUGGUGAACGUUACGUGGCCGGCGUUGGCCAAGUGGAGCCAUUUGACGAGGUCAGAAGGGAAAUCAUCCACCAGUUGUCAAUCAGGCCGAUGGCUCAUAGUGAGCUGGUGAAAGCUCUGCCGGAGAAUGGGAACAAGGAGACUGGUCUAGAGCGUGUCAUCGACAGUGUUGCUUCAUUCAAGAAGCCAGGCGUGACAGGUCGUGGACUUUACGAGCUGCGUCCUGAGUGGAACAAGCACUUCAACCUGUACUUUUAUCACUACAGCAGAGCCGACCAAUCUAAGGCAGAGGAGGCUCAGAGAAAGCUGAGGAGACAGAACGGAGAUGACACAGCCCUUCCUCCACCAGUUCCCCCUCCUCUUUGUCCCCUGUUUGCUAGUCUCGUGAACUUGCUGCAGUGUGAUGUGCUUUUGGGUGUGGAGGGUGCUGUGCUGCAGUGGGCGAUGGAACCUAAGGGGGGAGGCUGGACAGAGUCCAUGCUGCAGAGGGUACUCCAUCUGGUAGGCAUGGCUCUGCUGGAGGAGCAGCAAGAGCUGGAAAACAACAAUGGCGAGGAUGACAUCACCUUCAACUACACUUCCAAAAUCACACGUCCAGGUGAAGCUCCAAGUACUUCAGGAAGUGUUCUUGCUUUACUCGAAAGUCUUCAGAAUGCUCCUCAUCUAGAGGUCCACAAAGACAUGAUCACCUGGAUUCUAAAGAUGGUAUCAAACAUCAAAACAAUUAGAGAACGUACAUCCUCCAUCUCCGCCGUUACCAUCAGCCAUGGACAUGGGCUGGAGGAGAUGAUACGGGACAAAGACAAAGCAGAGAGGAAGAGGAAGGCAGAGAUGGCUCGGCUGCGGAGGGAAAAGAUAAUGGCUCAGAUGUCUGAGAUGCAGAAGCAUUUCAUCAACGAGAACAAAGAACUUUUCCAGCAAACUCUAGCGGAGCUCGAGGCGUCCACAUCCGCAGAUGCGGAGCACAGUUCGUCCAGUUCGGAGGCGUCCUGUACAUCUCAGGUCUGCGUCGGUCCCACAAGGGUUGGGAGAGGAGCUGAACGCCGUCAGCUGGUGACCUGUAUACUGUGUCAGGAGGAACAGGAGGUCAAGUGUCACGGCAAGGCCAUGGUGUUGGCAGCGUUCGUCCAGAAAUCAACCGUUUUGUCCAAAAAACGCUGCUGCUCUUCGUCCAACACGGAGCAACAUGACCCUCUGUUCAUGCAUCCUGACCUGUCAAUGGGUAUUCAUACUGCUAGCUGUGGACACAUCAUGCAUGCCACCUGCUGGCAGAGGUACUUUGAAGCGGUGCAGCUCAAGGAGCAGAGGCGGCAGCAGCGUUUGCGAGGUCACACCAGCUAUGAUGUGGAGAAUGGAGAGUUCCUGUGUCCACUGUGCGAGUGUCUUAGCAACACUGUCAUCCCCCUGCUACCACAUGCACAAACACCUGACCACAGUGUUGAUCACCCAAGUCUGGACGUGUGGCUGAAGACAACCAAUCAGCAGGUUGCAGCACUGCACCACUCCCAUAGAAAAGCAUCAGGUGAAGGUGGGGAGCCUCUCAUUCCUGAAGGAUUCAGACUUGAUUUCACUCCACUAAACCCAUUUUCCAGCAGUAUCAUUGAGAUGAUAACCACAUUCAGCAUGUCAACCUACAAGGUGGGACUGAAGGUGAAUCCUAAUGAACAAGACCACAGAGUCCCUGUGCUGAGUUGGUCCACUUGUGCCUACACCAUCCAAGCAAUAGAGCGCCUCCUAAUGGAUGAAGAGAAGCCUUUAUUUGGAGGUUUACCCUGCAGACAGGACGACUGCUUGAGCUCCAUCACCAGGUUCAGUUCAGCUUGCUGGAGAUCAGCUUCACCGCAAACAGUCCACACACACUUCAUCAGAUUGUUCGCAGCUCUGGUUCCAUGCCCGCAAGUAGAAAACACUCCAAGCAUCCUGGAUAUUGACAUGUUCCACGUUCUGGUUUACUCCGUGUUGUCCUACACCUCUGUACACAGUCUAGACCAAUCAGGACGGAAUGUGAUCGACUCAGCUCACGUCCACCUACUUCACCUCAUCACUGUUGCUCACCUGGUUCAGGUCCUGCUCACCUCGACCACGGAAGAGGUAUGUAUGGAACAGGACAGUGGGAGAUCUGAGGAGGAGGAGCUUACCUGCCAGCUCUACAACACACUGAGGAAACACCUCGACGGCCUUUUACCUGACGUAGCGUCCUGGCAACUGUGGCGUUGUGUUAAAGCUGGCGUCUUGCCGUUCCUCCGAGCUGCCGCUCUCUUCUUUCAUUACCUGAACUCUACAGCACCACCAGCUGACCUACAGGGUACAGGACCUGGUCAAUGGGAGGCGCUGUGUAGCUACCUCAGUCUGCCCUCCAACCUGCUGCAGCUCUAUCAGAGCCAACAACCCUUGCUGGAGCCGCUCAUACACAGUUGGUGUGCUCAUCCAGCCGUCAGACAGACACUGCAGGGGAGCGGCGUCAUAGUCAGGUUUCCCAGAGAAUCAAACCGAUUGAUUGACCUGCCCGAAGAUUACAGCGUCCUUAUUAACCAGGCAUCCAGCUUUACGUGUCCCCGGUCAGGUGGAGACAAGUCGCGCGCUCCCACUCUGUGUCUAGUCUGCGGUUCCAUGCUGUGUUCUCAGAGUUACUGCUGUCAGACUGAGGUGGACGGCGAGGACGUCGGUGCCUGCACCGCCCACACCUUUACGUGUGGCGCUGGCGUCGGGCUCUUCCUCAGAGUGAGAGAGAGCCAGGUGCUGUUUGUGGCAGGUAAAACAAAGGGCUGCUUCUACCCUCCUCCAUACCUGGAUGACUACGGAGAGACGGAUCAGGGUCUCAAGCGGGGCAAUCCCCUGCAUCUAUGUGCGGAGCGCUACAGGAAGAUCGAGCGCCUGUGGCGUCAGCACGGCAUCGCCGAGGUCAUCGGUCACGCUCAAGAGGCCAAUCAGACGCUGGUCGCCAUCGACUGGCAGCACUUGUGAUAUCCUUUUUGGCUCCGCACCCCACCCCCCCCACUCGCGAGUGUAAGCCACAUGAUUGGACACCAGUAAACACUUUCAACCUCCCAGCUUUUCAGCUUCCUGCCGACAGCUUUCAGGGACUUUUUUUUUUCUUUCCAGAAUUUUGAAGACUUUAAGAAAUGUCUUUUCAGAUCAAAGACAGACAUGACAUAACAUCUGUUUGGCGUUCCACAUGAAUGUACAGUCAAACACAGCCUCUCUGCUGUCAUCGAAAGACAGCAUCUGAUAUGUGAAGGCCUUAAACCAGUUUUCUAUUGGCCCUCGGCGUAUUGCAAAAAUAAGUUCUUUAUUCAUGACAUAUAUUGUUAAUUAUGCUUUAUUCAUUUAGCUUUGCUAUGCAGUGAAACCCCUUUAUGUUGACAACCCCUCUAUGUCAACCAGGCCAUCAAGCCCCAGUCCACCAUGUUCUCCCGCUUAAGUCGACGUCGACGUGUUGUGUUGUAAGCAGCGGCGUACAACAACAGCAACUUAACUGCUGUCCAGUUAAAAUAAAAAUAUGCACAAAUGGAGGAAAACCUUGCUAAUCUCCUUUUAUCACAAGGAAAUGGGCAAGCUAGCUGGUUUUGGUUACGCCAACAACCAGUAACGUCCAUGUCCAGCCAGUCCGAGGGGCGUCGACUUAAACGUGUUCCACUGGAUAGACCAGGGGUCAACAACCUGUCGAUCUUCAGCACUUUGCCGGUCGAUCAUGAGAAAGUUAGGGGGAAAAAGUAUUAUUACAUCAGUGCCCUCCCCUCCUGGAGAGCGACCAAUAGGCACGCAUUUACUUUCUACAAAAUAAAAGUAAACCAUUCUACAAAAUAAAUACAUCCUGGUUUGGGGGGGGAUCUUGUGCAGUUCCACGGCCGAGACCAGGGAUCUUGGGCUCAAAAAGGUUGGUGAGCACAGGUAUAGACCGACACUGGGUUGCUUUUUAUCAUCUUUAGUGUACAAAAUGUAUCAAAGAUUCUUCAGUGUUACGUGCGGCUGUGGUGAACCUUUGGACACGCCUGCCUUCAACUGCCACAUCGAGGAUGCGAACAAACCCAAGUAGCAGAGAUUCAGGUGUUACUUGUUUCUUAUCACAACAUAUCAAGGUCAUAUCGGAGCUUUUUCUUCAUCAGAGGACGCCUGUGAUAUCUUCUUUGAUGUUUUAUUUAAGGUUUUUGCUUGCUGUGACUUCCUUUUACAGGUGUGAAUACUUGAUCUUUUGAAAGGCUUUUGUGUUUGUUUGUUUUUCUUUUUUUGCUGAAGUCUGGCCGGUUUUCCAUCACUAUUUUUUUUUGGUUCUAAAUCGAAUCUUGAUUAUUUUUGCUGGAGAAAGUGGAAACCAGUGUUAGAUUCUAUCAAUUUUUGGGUCAAACAUUAAGUUAAGGAUUUUUUUUAGUGUUCGCCACCUCUGCACAGCAUGUUGCAUAGUCACCCUCUCUUCUAUUAGCACAUUGGACUUGUCAAUAUGUGAAUUCUUGUAUAAAUGAGUAUAUUAUGUACAAAAUGUAUAAGAAUAACAAACAAUAAAAACCUGAAAA